AUGAAACUCUUUGAUGAUUUAUGUAAUGACCUUGAUCUUGUGGAUUUUCCUCUUUCCGGUUCCAAGUAUACUUGGAGUAGACCGCCUAACAAGAAGAGCAAGAUUGACCGUUUUCUUUUCUCGCCGGAUUGGGAAGAUCAUUUUCCAAAUAUCAUCUUCAAGCGCCUUGCAAGACCUUUUUCGGAUCAUUUUCCUAUUGAGUUAUGCUUAUUAGAUUCCGAUUGGGGUACUUUCCCUUUUCGAUUUCAAUUAUCUUGGCUUGAAGGUACUAACAUAAUCCCUUUAUUGAAAGAAUGGUUGGAGUAUUUUUCCUUUGUAGGUACGGCGGGCGAAUGUUUUGCAAAAAAGCUAAAUGCUUUGAAGGAGAAAUUAAAAGUGUGGAAUAGAGAAGUCUUUGGGAGCAUUGAUAGGUCUAUUGACACGUCUCUAACCAAGUUGAAAGAAUUGGAUGAUUUAUAUGAUGAUAGGGGUCUCACCGAAGUUGAAGAAGACAUGCUUGUGACGGCUAAAGUGGAUUUUGAGGUGGCUCAUCGUCGUCAAAGCAUAAUGUUGAGACAAAAAUCAAGAAUUAGAUACUUUAGAGAUGGUGACCGUAACACAAAACAUUUUCAUCGAGUAGUGAAAGGUCAUAGAGCGUUUAACAACACCAAUAACCUUCGUAUCAAUGGACGUUGGACCGGAAACAAGGAAGAAAUCAAGUUGGGUAUUGCAAAUCAUUUUGAGUUAGCUUUUAAAGAAAUUUCAUACAAUCGUCCAAGAAUCAAGAGUAUGUGUCUAAAGCGUAUUGAUAAGAAUGCAAGUAUUUGGUUGGAGAGACCUUUUAGUGAAGAGGAAGUCAAGAUUGCAAUUAAAGAUUUGGGAAUUGAUCGUGCUCCGGGUCCGGAUGCACUACAAAAAAACUGA